GAUUGGCGGAGUGAUGAACUUUCGGAUCAACAUUACCAUUACCUUGACCUUUCUUUUCACAUGUGAGGGAGGGUGAGGCACGCACUACACUAUGCAUCGGAUAACGUCCCUGGACCCCACCACUCCUUGUCCACGUCUUCCCUUCCACGCUGGAAAGUUCACUCUCUUUAUGACACGUCACCUCCACCAUUGGGGCAAACACCUACAACGACCGUACCACCAACACCCAAACCCAGCGACGCAUGUCUCCUCUCUCCUUCAUACAACGCAUUACACGACCUCACACUCGUCACACUCUUCUCUUUUCUUAGUUCUUCUCCCAAACUCCCUAAUUUCUCCUUUCUUAGUUGGAUCAAUUCAAUUCCUUCCUCUUGAGAGAAGAAAAAUAAAAAAAUAGUUGCUGGUUUUAUUGGGAAACAAUCACGGUUUAAUUGACUAUGCAACUUUUCCCUUUCGGAUAUCCAACAAAAUUGGAGCUACAGAACUAGGAUCUGAAGUUUGACUUUUACUGCCUUAUUACUGGUUACCAUCGUUUUUUAUUAUUGUUACAGGACAGAAUGGAUUCCUUAACUUGACUUUGCCUUUGAUGGAAAAGGUCUCUGUAUAUAUCUGAGACCAGCUAGGCUAAUAUCUGGAUUCUACUACAUUCAAAUUGCUGGCAGAUUAGCAUGGAGUUUCACAAUUUCAGUGCUCAUGUUCAUGUUUGAAAACCAAAAGGGAAUGGAGAAGGUCUGUGAAUUCUGCACGGAUUUGAGGCCACUUGUAUAUUGUAAGGCUGAUGCAGCUUAUCUGUGUCUAUCCUGUGAUUCAAAGGUGCAUUUUGCGAAUGCACUGUCCAGCCGGCAUCUUCGGACCCUUGUUUGUAACUCUUGUAGGUACCAUCUUGCUUAUGUGCAGUGUUUGGAUCACAAAAUAUUAAUUUGUCAAGAGUGUGAUCAGAAGCUGCACGAUGUCUCUUUACCACAUCGAAAACGAGCUAUCAGAAGUUUCAUGGGUUGCCCUUCUGCUAAAGACUUUGCGAUGCUAUGGUGUUUUGGCUUGAAUGAGAUGGAAAACAUCACCUGUGAGGAUUUGUUUGGAUCUGCUUCAUGUGUUUCCGCUGAUUCAAAUAUGGCACAAGCCUCUGUACGGGCUAGAAGUCGAAUAUCAUCUAAGGCCAAACUUCAUGGGGGAUCGAGCAGUCGACAAGGUCAGAUAUUAUACAGUGAUCAAGAGCGAAAAAAGAUUCUGCAGCAGAUUAUUGAUUUAAAACAGCUUCAGCUAAAUGAGAAUACUGGUCAAACAAUAAAGAUAAAUGGACCUGAAGAAGAAACAGACUUAACUUCUUCAGCAUAUCAAACUAUCAAGAAAUCAGAUGAAAAGUUCAAUAAGCAAGAACAAAAUUCAAAGGAUGUUGUGGAAAAAGACAGUCACACAGUGGAGCUGAAUCCUGAACCUUUGCCUUCUACGUUUUCUCAGCUUGAUAACUUACCUUCAAUUGUAGAUCUUCCCUUACAUGGAGAGUUGUUCUGGACAGGGAAAAGUCCACCCCGAAGUAAUCAGUUGUGGUCCCAAAACAUACAAGACCUUGGGAUAUGUGAAGAACUUGUUUGUCGAGAUGAUUUCAACAUACCUGACGUUGAUCUAACAUUCCAAAACUUUGAGGAACUAUUUGGAGAUCAAGAUCCAGUUAGAGCACUGCUUGAUGAUAAUGAUGUUUCCUGCUCCUCUUUAGAGAAGGAUAUGUCAAUUGAUAAGUCAGAUAUUGACAAUCUAAGUGCAAUAGAGGAUUCUUCGGCAGCCAUAUCAAUUACCAUCUUGCAAUCAGCUCGUGAGAACAAGGAUAUCGAUAGUACCAACAUCCAGCAUUAUCCAAGAAGCACAGAUCCUCCACACACAAUUCGACCAUUCGAGUCAACUGUGUCAUCGUCUGUUUCAAGAUUCUGGGCUGCAAGCAGUCCUACUUAUCACAAUGACGGUGCCCUUUCUCCCUGCAGUGAAGAGAAAGGCUAUUUAGGAAAUUCAGCUGAAUUGGAGAUAUCACAUAUGGAGGCCACACAAAAUCUCACUCUCACGUAUGAAGAGAAGCCAUCUCGACGGAACGAGAAGCAAGUUCGACUCCCAUCUGGGAAACCUCACCAACUGAUUCUUUCAUUUUCAUCAUACACAUACUUUUAUAUAUUUCUAACAAGUAUAGGGAGCACCAUAAUGUUAAUAUACUACUUCUUAUUUGGAAGAUUUAACAUGUGUGCUUCUAAUUAA